UUACAUUACAUUUUCUCUUAAAUCAUCAUAAUUAUCAUCAUCUGAGUAUUUGACAAUAAUUAAAUAGUUGUGAAUGGAGGAGGUUACAAACAAAUACAUAGCCAUAAAGGCUCAAGUUGAUGGUGCACCAAAAGAGAGUGAUUUCGAGGUCAAAACGGAACGGUUAUCCCUAUCGGUUAAGCCUGGAACCAAUGAUAUCAUUAUCAAGAAUCUGUAUGUAUCGAUAGACCCAUAUCAGAUUAACCGAAUGAAGACUGCCAGUGCUUCUCAGAAAACUACAAACUAUGCAAUUGCUCUUGCUCCUGGUGAGGUGAUUGAUGCAUAUGGUGUGGGGAAAGUAGUAGCUUCUGGGAAUCCACUAUUUCAAAAGGGUGAUUAUGUUGUGGGCAUGAUAAGCUGGGGGGAAUAUAGCAAAGGGGAAUAUAGCAUCUCACAAGGCUUAAUUCUAAACAAACUGGAUCCAAUGGGCCUACCAUUGUCAUACCAUGUUGGGGUUUUAGGGUUUAGUGGGCUUACUGCAUAUGCUGGGUUCUUUCAAGUAUGUAAACCCAAGAAGGGUGAAAAGGUCUUUAUAUCUGGUGCUUCUGGAUCUGUGGGAAAUUUGGUAGGCCAAUAUGCCAAAAUCUUGGGAUGUUAUGUUGUUGGUUGUGCUGGUAGCACAAAAAAGGUAAAACUCCUGAAGGAAACACUUGGGUUCGAUGAAGCGUUUAACUAUGAAGAAGAAACCGAUCUACACUCAACGCUAGAAAGGUAUUUUCCGGAUGGGAUUGACAUAUAUUUUGAUAACGUGGGAGGUGAGAUGUUAGAUGCAGUCAUAUCAAAUAUGAGCUUGUAUGGAAGAAUUGCAGUUUGUGGGGUAAUAUCGGAAUACCUAGAUGCUGGAAAACGGAUUGCACCAGAUAUGCUAAGUGUCAUAUACAAGAGAAUCAACAUUCGGGGGUUCUUAUCAGUUGAUUACAUGAAUUUGUUGCCUGAGUUUGUCUCCACGACCGUUGAUCACAUUCAAACUGGCAAAAUUCAUGUUCUUGAAGAUGUUUCAAGUGGCGUAGAAUCUAUUCCUUCAGCUUUUCUCGGGCUCUUUAGUGGCAAUAAUGUUGGCAAGAGAAUAGUUAAAGUUUCUGAUGAAUAAUAUGUAAUCUGUGUCAUGAUUUAGCUUUGUAUUUGAUGCCAUUGGUUGUGAUCCGAAGACUAGUACAUCUAUAUAUUCAAAUAAAAAAUUCAAAAGCAAA